UUUUGAUGAAUCUUACAGUGAACAAUACAGUGAGAAUUACGACAACUAUGUUUACAUCUUUAAAAAGAAGUUUAUCACAAAACAUGUUGUUGGCAUUUUUAAAAUAUCUGUGUAACAAAUUAUGAGGCAUAUACAUUGAUAUUCUAGCUAGAAAGAUUGAAAACCGGUGUUCUUUCUUUUCUUCGUAUGAGCUUCCUAUUAUAAGGAACACCCCUUAACGGGUACUAGUACAUAUAAACAGAAGAUAAAUGUUUUAACAGUGUGUCAACAUUUCUAUUAUAUGGAAAAGGUCAACAGGAUCAACAUGUAUACCCUUAGUGGACUUUGAUGUAAUAUUAUGAGCUAUCGCCUGUCACAGAACUAUGCCUGGGACACAACACUUCCUCUGGGCCAAGGGGCUACCAGUAAAGUAUUUAAAGGAUUCAGCAGGAUGAAUGGUGAAGAUGUAGCUGUAAAAGUGUUCACUCAUGCAGGACAGAUGAGACCAUUUGAUGUUCAAAUUAGAGAAUACAAAGUGAUGGACAUGUUAAAUCAUGAAAAUAUAGUCAAACUACUAGCUAUUGAAGAGGAGCAAAGCACUCAUGACAGAGCUAUUGUAAUGGAGUUAUCUAACUGUGGAAGUCUGUACACAUUACUAGAUGACAGCUCUAAUGCAUUUGGUUUAGAUGAAGAUGAAUUUCUACUGGUACUCUCUCAUGUCACUGCAGGGAUGAAACAUUUACGUGAGAAUGGUAUUGUUCAUAGAGACAUUAAACCUGGAAAUAUUUUACUGUACAAAAAGGAAGAUGGAAAAUCAGUUUAUAAAUUGACUGACUUUGGGGCUGCUAAACAGCUAGAAAAUGAUGAGGAGCAGUUUAUGUCAUUGUAUGGGACUGAAGAAUAUCUGCACCCAGAUAUGUAUGGUAGAGCUGUAAUGAGAAUCAGGAACCCAGAAAAUGAAGGCUUUGACUCAAGUGUAGACCUCUGGAGUCUAGGGGUUACAUUUUACCAUGCUGCUACAGGCCAGUUACCAUUCAGACCUCAUGGGGGAAGGAAAAACAGACGUCAGAUGUAUGAAAUAACAAGAAACAAAGAAGGUGGAGUUAUAUCUGGAGUACAGAAAACUGAGAAUGGUCCGAUUGAAUGGAGUAAAGAGCUACCAGCCACAUGUCGUCAAUCGCUUGGUUUAAAGCAGCAUCUAACACCAAUACUGGCUGGACUAUUAGAGAGUAAUGAGAAGAAAAAAUGGAAUUUUAAUACAUUGUUUAAUGAAGUGGAGAAAAUAGAUGAGAAAAUUAUUAUUCAUGUAUUUUGUCCUCACAAAUGGUCACUUUUGAGGAUUUAUAUAAAGCCUGAAGCAUCAUACAGUGGAUUCCAAGAACUGAUAGCUGAACAGAGUGAGAUAUCUGCAGAGAACCAGAUAUUAAUCUUUGAAGGAGAAGUCUUAUUGACAUUAAUUGAGAGUGAAAUAUCACCAGUCAGGCAUUAUCCUAAAACUAUUAGUGAGGAGACUCCAGUUUAUGUAUUUUCUAAGAUUGUAAUGGAACCAAGGCAGUUUCAAGUUGCUAUCUAUCCUGAGUUUCCAAGGUUUGGUAAUACAGUCCAUGUUGCUAACGACUACCAACUAUCCAAAGUGUGUAAUGCUGUUGUCCACUACAUUUAUUGGUGUGUCAAACGAUUUCAUUUAAAAGAGAAGCUACUCAGGCACUGUGUUCUCAGUUAUAUACAUGAACUUCACCAUGAGUGCACACAUUUAUUGGACUAUAAUAAACAUCAGACACAACAUUAUCAGACCUCAGAGCUAUGGUAUAGACAAAUAAAGGGACAAUUAGAGCAAGUGAGGACACUGAGUGCUAUGUUUGGUAUAGAUAACAAAACUAAAGUCAUCUAUGGUAGUCAGCAUGGGGAUCUAGAGACCUCUUGGCAAAGUCUGAAGAACUAUUUAGAUAGAACAGUACUGUAUUUGUGUAAUAUAGAAAAGAAAGAAUUACAGAACAGGAUGUUGGAGAAUGUUUGGGAGGACAGGCUGGGCUGCUUUGAUGACAAGGAUAGAUGUGCACAGAAAGUUGAAAUGAUGAUUGAAACACUGAAGAAGAUUGUCCAUAACUUUAAAGAAAAUCGACAGAAUCGUUCAUUGGACCAUAUUACAGAACAGCUUCAUAUGUUCAGAAAGAAUAAUCUCCAAGAGAUAUGUGUGACAACCCAAUCUAUUAUAGAGAAAUGUCACAAGAAUGCUGAGCGACAGUUUGAUAAAUUCAAUGAAUGGUAUCACUCAGCAGUUGAAAUGAGAUGUUCUACCAACAAGAUAGAGAAAGAUCUACUUCAGAUAGAGCAAUUACACCAGAAACCUUUUGUUGAAAAGUUAAGGAAGACAUCUAGUGAAGUUGUACAGAGUCUUACAGAUAUCAAAUGUGCCUUGAAAAACCAUGGAGUAUUAUCUAAUGGAGUAAUUGAUAAAAAUGACAGUCUGUCACCUAAAGUGUGCUCACUGUCUUCUCCAAAAGAAUUUGUUUUACAGAUUAAUAAUGGAUUUGAAGAAUCUCAGAAGCUAAUGGAAGAGACACAGAAAGCAUUCUCUGAGAACAACAAACUGUUGACUGAGCAGACACACCUGAUGUCAGAAUUGAACUACAUGGAUAAAGGGUUAGGAUCAGGAACCAUAGCAACCAGCAGGGAUAUGUUAAUAUAAAGUGGAUGACAGUAAUCAAAAUCCUAUAGAUCGUUCAUUACACCAGUAGUUUCCUAUAUAAUGUUUUUGGGACAUUGAUUUUUGCAUCAGCUUAAAUUUCCAUGAUCAUUUAAAAAAUCUGUUGGUACUCAUUAAUGGGGAUGAUUGAGAUAUUGUUGAAUCACUGUGUUGUAAGGAUGGAUAUAAAAAGUAAUUUAAAUAUAGAUAUGAUAUAAUUUAUGAGUUCACUUACAUUUUAUUUAAUAUGGUUGUAUUCUAAUGGGUAAAUAGAAAGUACGGGAUUCAUCGAAGAUUGAAACCAUUAACUUGAAUAGAAUAUCAUGGUGUAGGAAUUUUAUUUAUAUGAAAAAUAAUUUACUUUUGACCUUAUUCUGUGAUAAGCUUUUACAUUCAUAUAUGUACCAAUGAAAUAAAUUAUUUUCCUAUCAAAAAUUGUCAAAGAGUUGAUUGUUAUUAUGAAGCAACCACUUGUCACAGAUAUAAUAAAAUAAAAAGUUUAUGUUAUGCUAAAUGAAUAACACUGCUGAUUCUGUGUAUUUUUUUAGUACUCUUAAAUUUUUAAUAUCAUUUUACAUUAUCUAAGAAACAACGCUAAUCAACCAUUUGAAUCUUAAUUUGAUGUUUUAAUGCAGUUUACCAUAAUGUAAUGGUCAUAUUGACUUACAACUUGUUUGUUGGGCGUACUGCAUUUGUGCGCAUUUGAUGAUUAAAAUGUUUUACGUUUGAGCGCAGCUUUUGAUUACAUUUGCACGCAUUCAUUUUACAGGUAAUCUUAGGUAAAAAUAUAAAUAAAAAUCAAAUUAAAUUAUAAAUGAGUAUAUUUUUUUUUGUAUUUUCAUAACAGAUAUGACUUAAAAUUUCAAUUUUAAAAAUAUUUUGUUAAUUCAAAUUAUUUAUUGUUCAUAUUGAAUUCUUAAACCAAGUAUAAACUCAGUUAUAGCUUAAGGUCAAGUUACAAUAAAUUUGUUAUUUCUAAGAUUUUCUUAAAAUUUUGCAUACAUGUACACCUUUGACUUGUUGAUUUGUAUCUGAAAAUCAACAAAAAAAUAUACAGCUUUAUCUCUUUUUUCCCUGCCUUUUGAGACUUAUACUAAAGGAAGGGGUACUGGUUCUUGUAAAUAAUUGAACAAAUAUAUAUAAAUAAAUAAGUAUUAUUACCUGUAUUUUACCUGAGUUUACCUGUCAAAAAAUGCACGCAAAUGUAAUCAAAAGCUGUGCGCAAACGUAGUAAUUUUUGCGGGCAAAUGUAAUGGUAAUGCGUGCAAACGUAAUGCACCAUGUUUGCUAUCACGUAACAAAUUCGGAUUUUGAUCCAGAUUUCAUGCUUCACUAAAAAUGGCCAUUUUAGAGUGUUAUCUAUGAACACAUACUCUUGCUGAUAUUGUUAUACCCAUUAUGAUAUCAAUGUGUUAGAUAUAUUUAUAUACUUCAGACUGUUUACUUUGUUAAAAAAUCUUGUAUAUAGCUUAUUUGCUUUAAUUUGUGGAUAAGAAUAAGAGAUUAACUGUACUUUUUAUGAUUUUCUCUAUAAUAAGAUAUUUUCUUUUUGCAUGGAUCUAGUUUUUUUGUCAACUUUAAAACAAUUGUAAACAUUUCAUGUUCUAACUCAAACAUAUUCUUCAGUUGAAGGAUUUUCAUAAAACUUUUUUGAGAUGAUUAGGAAAGGUGAUUGGAUGACUGCCAUGUUUUUGACGAUUUUCAUUUAUCAUGGUUCCAUGCUGUUUAUAUUUUACUACAAGCUCAAAUGUUUGACAAUGCAUAACAUUUUUGAUAAUGCCUAAUAAGUAUUGAAUUUUUAUCACGAUUUUCCAGAGUGUAAUAUGGAAUGAUUUUAUAUUUUGAUUUGGAACUUUAUAAUGAUGAUCUGUAUUCUGUAAUUGAUUUUUGGAUCUGCCAGGUAGUUUAUUUCUGUUUGGCAAGACUUUCAAUUUUUCAUUACAUCUUCUGAGCUAGGGUUUUGCAAGGGAUAUUUCUUCACAUAUUUCUCAGAUCCUGUAUUAAGGAAUAAUUGGACAUUACAUCCUAAAUUUUGUUAUGAGGAUUUGUACUGUGUAAGUGAUUUUAAGAUCAUCAAGCAGUCACUUCUAAUUUGAGAUACUUUUUAUACUCACUUAGCAUAUUUUUUUGUCAAUGUCUAUUAAAGAGAGUAUAUUUUACACACUAUUGAAUGCAGCUCCUUGUAUAAGUGUUAUUUUAAAAUAAGUAUUUGUGUACCAGUAUAUUGUAUCUUUUAUUAAAUUUUAAAUGUUUUAUUGUAUAUAUGUUAUAUUGCAAAAUAUUUUUAUAAAAAAAAAUUUGACAUAAUUUAAAACAGAGUGACCUCAAAAUUUUCAUGAUUUAUUUAACAUGAUUUAUCAAUACCUGUAUGUAGUAUGUUGUAUUACAGAAUUACAUAGAGCUUUCUCAUAGAUCAUGCAGUGGCAUUUUAUUAUGUGUUGUCAAACAAACUAGACAUUAGUUAAGUUAGUGUUAAUGAUAAAUUGUGUUUGUUAUAUAUUUCUCAUCAGAUUGUUAUUAUUUUUCUAAUAAAAUUAUGAAUGAUUU